AUUUGUGGGUUGUCAGCACUGAUGAGAAAAGUUUUAUAUGCUGUAUAUGUUGAGUUUGGUACAGCUGUGUAUGGAUUUGUGUUUAUUUAUGUGAACGUAGUUAAUGCGAUGUGAUCCACGCUAAAAGAAGAAACUUCGCUACUUGGAAAUAAAUGGCUAAUCGCCCAAACUUAACAAAAUCAAACUGCAAAGCAUCGGAUAGUUUUUACUCUAUUAACGAGCGUCCAGUAGAUGAUAUAUCCAUAGAGCUGUUUUAUAGACCACAUACAAUAACAUUAUUAGCCGUUUCGAUAUGUGCAGUGUUUUAUUCCGCUUUUACAAGAAAUGAAGGUGAUGUGCAAGACAACAUAUGGGCUGGAAUAUGUUGUGUCAUUUUUUUCUUCUUAAUAAUCUCAGUCCUAGCUUUUCCAAAUGGGCCAUUUACAAGGCCCCAUCCAGCUGUUUGGCGGAUAGUAUUUGGAAUGAGUGUUCUGUAUCUUCUUGGGCUACUUUUCCUUCUAUUUCAAAGUUACAAAACAGUAAAUGGAAUUUUGGUGUGGAUAGAUCCAUCUUUAAAGGAUUUUCACAUUGAUAUGGAUAAGGAAUAUGGAGUAAACUGCUCAGAUAUAACUGUAGAAAGGAUUUGGAGCCAUCUAGAUGUAUUUGCCUGGGGACACUUUUUGGGAUGGAUGUUUAAAGCUGUAUUAGUUCGACAUUUUGGCAUAUUAUGGGCCAUUAGUGUUAUGUGGGAAUUCACAGAGGUUAGCAGAAUUGCUACCAUUACCAUUAUUUUG